GGCCUGGGACAGUGCUGUGUGAUAAUAUGAGUUAUGUAUUUAUGUUCCUUUCAAUUGCUACCUCAAAUAUGGUUGCUACGUCCCUAGCCAAAAGGGAUAAAAAGGAAGUGCAACACCAGAUAUCCAUUUUGCUCUUUGUUGGGUUGACUUGUGGCAUAUUGAUGUUUUUCUUUAUGAGGUUCCUGGGAGCAUGGGCACUAACUGCUUUUGCUGGCCCGAAGAAUGUGCAUAUUGUACCUGCUGCAAAUAAAUAUGUUCAGAUUCGAGCCUUAGCAUGGCCUGCAGUCCUUGUUGGAUGGGUUGCUCAGAGUGCAAGUCUUGGCAUGAAAGAUUCAUGGGGACCUUUGAAGGCUCUGGCAGUUGCUAGUACCGUAAAUAUUAUUGGUCAUGUCAUCCUAUGCAGUUAUUUAGGCUAUGGUAUUGCUGGAGCAGCUUGGGCGACUAUGGUGUCACAGGUUAUUUCAGCUUAUAUGAUGAUUCAAGCUCUGAACGACAAAGGAUAUAAUGCUUUUGCUAUCACUGCUCCAUCACCUAGUGAACUUACGCAAAUAAUCAUACUUGCUGCUCCAGUGUUUCUAACAAUCAGUUCAAAGGUGGCAUUUUACUCUCUCAUUAUUUAUUUUGCUACAUCUAUGGGAACAGUCACCGUUGCUGCUCAUCAGGUCCUGAUUCAAUUGUACAGCAUGUGUGUGGUAUGGGGUGAGCCUCUCUCUCAAACUGCUCAAUCAUUCAUGCCUGAGUUGAUGUAUGGAGCUAAUCGAAGUCUGGCAAAGGCUCGAAUGUUGUUGAAGUCAUUGGUGAUCAUUGGAGCAUUUUUAGGACUGAUAUUGGGAACAAUUGGAACAUCUAUUCCUUUGUUGUUCCCUGGAAUUUUCACAUCUGAUCCAAAAGUCAUACAGCAGAUGCACAAAGUGUUGGUUCCAUUUUUUAUCGCAUUGUGUGUGACACCCUGUACUCACAGCUUUGAGGGAACGUUGCUGGCAGGACGGGAUCUCAAAUUUAUUAGUUUAACAAUGACAGGGUGUUUCGGUUUGGGCUCUCUUCUCCUGUUGCUUGUCAGCAGUAGAGGAUACGGUCUGCCAGGCUGCUGGUGUGCACUCGUGGGAUUUCAAUGGGCCCGGUUUAUCCUUGCUCUUCGCCGCCUCAUUUCGCCAGAUGGCGUACUAUUCUCUGACGAUUUAACGCGGUUUAGUAACUACAAUAUGGGAAAGCUGAAAGCUGCAUAGUUUCCAAUUCAAUGUCAGUAUAUUUGGAAAGUGAGACUACUACAACAUGCCAAAGGUGAAGCUGUCAUUACUCAUUGAAGGCUCACAAUCAAGCUACAAAAGCAUUAGUUAUGCACUAGCACAAGCUGUUCCAGCAUACAUAUCUGUCAAACUAUUAGUACUGAAUUGGCUGCUUCUGCUUCAUUUUUAUUUUUUCAUUUUUUUGGUUAGGGCCGGUAUUCAACUGGGAAUGUUUUCUAGGAAUAUUAUUCAUUUGUUGCGAAUAAUAUUGGUUAGAUAGUCAGCACAUGUGAUGUUCAAAGACAAAUGACAGUUCAAAAUUCUAGUCUUAUGGUGGGCCUGUAAACCAGGGGGGAAAAAAACAGUUCAUUAAAUUUUAUCACCAUGUGGUUUAACUAAAAAAACAUAUUACUCCCUUAUGGUCUAUAAAUAUACACUUAACCCGCUUA